AUGCGAUCGGAGAUGGAAAGCGGUCUGAUAUCGGUGGACCGGUGGAGGAGUGGAAGUCAGGCUUACUUCUUGACUCAUAUGCACUCCGAUCACACUCGUGGCCUCUCCGGCGAGUGGUCCCAGGGUCCUCUCUACUGUUCCCGCACCACGGCCUCUCUGUUUCCCUCCCGAUUCCCCGGCUUCGACCUCUCCUUGCUUCGCGUCGUCCCACUCUCUUCCUGGCGAUCACUCUCCCUCCGCUCUCCUUCCUCCGGCUCCGCCGUCCGCCUCCACUUCAUGGCAAUCGACGCCCACCACUGUCCUGGGUCCGUGAUGUUCAUGUUCCGGGGAGAUUUCGGAUGUUUUCUUUACACGGGGGAUUUCCGGUGGGAAAGGGACGAUGUAGCAGCAGACGAAGCAAGGACCACUCUCGCCGGUGCUAUUUCGGAAUUUCCGGUGGACAUUCUCUACUUGGACAACACUUAUUGCAACCCGAUUUACAGUUUUCCUUCCCGUCAAGUCGCUGCACAUCUGGUUGCUGAUAUAAUCGCCUCUCACCCUCGCCAUGACAUCAUCAUAGGAAUCGACUCUUUGGGGAAGGAAGAACUGCUUCUUCUCGUUUCCCGCAUCCUCAAUCUCAAGAUUUGGGUUUGGCCGGAGCGGCUCCGUACCAUGCACCUCCUUGGGUUCCAAGACGUGUUCACGACUGACACAACUCGUACAAGGGUGCGUGCUGUCCCUCGCUACAGUUUUAGCAUUCAGACGCUCGAGGGGCUGAAUCUGGCGUGCCCAACCAUCGGCAUCAUGCCUUCGGGUCUCCCGUGGGUGAAAAGAGAUGAGGCCACACUCUCUGCUUCUCUCCUAACUCAGAAAGCAUCACAAGCGGCGGCAGUGCAUCGGUUCCAUGAGUACAUGUACUCGGUGCACUACUCUGAUCAUUCCUGCUACGGGGAGAUUGGAGAGUUGAUACAGCUCGUGAAGCCAAAGAGCAUGAAAGGAAUUGUGGUUUCUUCAUCAUGUUACGUUGACCCUCUCUACUAUUUUGGGCGUAUCUGCGGAGCUAGCCAACCCCCUGAGUUGCUGCCUUUGAGGCCUGACACCACCACCGAGCAAUUUAGAGCUGUUAGGAUCAAGUCGUUUUCUGAAAGA